CCCAGGGGCGGACACCGGCGGGUGGCUCUCUCCUUUUCCGCGAUCGGGAGGAAACGUGUCCAGACCGCCAUGGUGACCGGGGCGCUGCUAUUCUCUUCCUUCUCCCACUUCCGGAGGGCUUGGCUCCCGCCUGUCCUCACCGGGCCGCGAAGAAGCUACAGCCAAGACGAUGCGCUCUCCCAAUACUUGCACCGCAGCCUCGUCCCCACUAUGCAUUACCAGAAGAGCCUGCCCCGUUUGCCCAUUCCAAAACUUGAAGAUACAAUUAGAAGAUACCUGAUUGCUCAGAAACCUCUUUUGGAUGAAGAUCAAUUCAGGAAAACCGAACAACUUGCUGGCAAUUUUGGGAAUGGCAUUGGUAGAGAAUUGCAUGAUCAGUUGGUUGCAAAAGACAAGCAAAACAAACAUACUAGUUACAUUUCAGGUCCCUGGUUUGAUAUGUACCUUCAGGCCCGGGAACCAGUUGUUUUGAACUUCAAUCCAUUCAUGGCUUUCAGUCCUGACCCCAAACCUGAAUACAACAAUCAGCUUGUAAAAGCCACCAACAUGACUGUUUCUGCUUUACGUUUCUUGAAGACUCUUAGGGCAGGCAUUUUAGAACCAGAGGUGUUUCAUCUCAACCCAUCCAAAAGCGACACUCCACUGUUCAAAAAGUGUAUUCGAUUUGUGCCUUCUUCUCUCUCAUGGUUUGGUGCUUAUAUGAUGAACGCCUACCCACUAGACAUGUCACAAUACUUCAGGCUUUUCAAUUCCACACGGCUGCCUAAACCCAAGAAAGAUGAGCUGUUUACAGAUGAGCAUGAGAGGCAUUUACUGGUGCUUAGAAAUGGAAACUUCUAUGUGUUUGAUGUGAUAGACAGAAAUGGCGAUAUAGUAAAACCAUCAGAAAUUCAAGCCCACUUAAAAUUCAUUCUUUCAGACAACACUCCAGCUCCAGCAUUCCCUCUUGCUUAUCUAACCACCGAAAAUCGGGACACAUGGGCAACUCUGAGACAGGAACUCCUUGACAAUGGCAACAGGGAGGCCUUAAGGAAAGUGGAUUCAGCCAUAUUCUGCCUGUGCCUUGAUGAUUUUCCAAUUAAGGAUCUCAACCAUUUGUCUCAUACUAUGCUCCAUGGUGAUGGCAUUAACAGGUGGUAUGACAAAUCAUUUAACCUUAUUUUAGCUAAAGAUGGCUCUGCAGCAAUUCACUUUGAGCAUUCCUGGGGAGACGGUGUAGCUGUGCUUCGGUUCCAAAACGAAGUGUUUAAAGACAGCACCGAGUUUCCUGCAAUUACUCCUCAGUCUCAGCCAACUGCCUGUGAUUCAGUCAGAGCUGUAGAGAAGCUGAAUUUUAAACUGAACGAUGCCUUGAAAGAAGGAAUCACCAAGGCCAAGCAAAAGUUUGAUGCUACUGUGAAAACACUGACGCUGGAGACCUUCCGGUUCAAAAGAGGCGGCAAGGAAUUCAUAAAGACACAGAAGCUGAGUCCUGAUGCUGUAGUUCAGCUUGUCUUCCAGAUGGCUUUUCUUAGGCAAUAUGACCAAACAGUUGCCACCUAUGAAUCUUGUAGCACAGCAGCAUUCAAACACGGUCGCACUGAAACUAUCCGGCCUGCUUCGGUUUACACAAAGGUGUGCUCAGAGGCAUUAGCCAGGAGGCUGGGCAAGCACAGUCCUAUGGAGCUACGCCAGAUGCUCACAGAGUGCUCUAAGUAUCACAGUCAACUCACAAAAGAAGCUGCUCUGGGUCAGGGAUUUGAUCGUCACCUUUACGGAUUGCGGUGUGAGGCAGAAUCCCAAGGAAUUUCUUUGCCAGAUUUUUACAAGGAUCAAGCUUAUGCAUGGAUUAAUCACAACAUUCUCUCCACAAGUACUCUGAGCAGCUCAGCCGUGUUCAUGGGUGGAUUUGGGCCAGUGGUGCCUGAUGGAUUUGGCAUAGCUUAUGGCAUCCAUGAUAACUGGAUCGGGUGCAACGUUUCUGCUUAUCCAUCUAGGAAUGCACUAGAAUUCCUCCAAUGUGUGCACAAGUCACUGGAUGAUAUUUUUGAUAUUUUACAAGGGAAGGAAAUUAGUAAUUAAAAUAGAGCAGAGCUGGUUUUCUUAAAUGUGUGAUGUAAGAAACUUCCUUUGGCUCAAGGUUAAUGUUCUAGCUGGACUGUGACCUGCUUCUCCUUUUUAAACAAUGCCAGAUUAAGAUCUGGAGAAAAAAAUGAAUGUAAAGAGGGUUAAGAAGCUGGCUGACUGGGUUUUUACAUUUGGCAUGACUAACUUGUUACACUGAUUCCAAUGGCUGUACUCUAAACAUGACUAAGCUUGGAUCCAACUCUGAAUGUAAAUAGACUUCCAAUUGUAAAAACAUGUUGUUUCUAUUAUAUAUCGGCCAACAGAUUUUCUUGCAGUAUAAGACUGCUUGAUAUUCACAGAGGAUUCAGUCUUUGCUAAUAUGUGUGUUAGUUUGAUUAAUUUAUAAUAUACAUGAACAAACUGUAUCAAAUACAUGAAUAAUCCCUGGGUGAUGUUUAGAUGACAACCCACCUUCUGCGAGGCUUUGUGUUAUAAGACAAUCCAGUAUUAUACAUUUGUUUUUGUAAAAGGAAAGAAAUCUUGAUUAGCAUAGCACUAUACCUACUGGAACAGAAAUUUUCAAAUCCUUCCUGAGAUCUGCCUUGUGACAUUUGAGUGAAACUUUUCGAAUCCUUUCAACAAACAGCUACAAGAAUAUCCAGUAAUGCAAGUAUUAUAUUUACUCAAAAGAAAGAAAAAAAAUCCUGAAUGUAAAAUGACUUUCCCCAAAGGAAGACUAGAUGGAGAAAAAAAUAGGCAAAAAUCCUAUGCAGUGCACUUGUUCUGUGCCUAGCAAACCUAAGGUUGACAACUGCAUAGAAUGAUAGAAUUGUGGGAUUUGAAGGGAAACUCUAGCUGAAACGCUGACCACCAGGUGUCACCAGGCCCAUCCUGGUGGUCAGUGUAACUGAAAAUAACAUAACAGAAUAUACAGUGUUAAAAAAAAUCCUCCCACUCAAAGAAACGGGGUAGAAGUCAUGUAAAGUGGCACACAUAGAGGAAUGACAUAUAACAUUUGUAUCUCUCUGCUUUGAGAGCUUAAGGCAGCCUUUCUCAACUUUUUGACCCUGGAGGAACCCUUGAAAUAUAUUUUUAGGCCUUGAGGAACCCCUGCACAAUCAGGCUCAAAUAUAGGCUAGAAGUUACAAAAUUAUUAUCUUUGUGUCAUAGGGAGGCCUGUAUAUAUGCAUUGACUGUUUUGAAACUAAAAAUAAACUUUCUAAAUGUGAAGUUGCCCAAAUUUGAAAUAUUUUUUUAAAUAAAUUGUGAUCUCCCAGGGAACCCCUAGUGACCUCUCAUGGAACCCUAGGGUUCCAUGGAACCCUGGUUGAGAAAGGGAAGGGAAGAUAGAUAAUAUAUGCCAUUCUGAUAGAGUUUCCAGCUGAAAUGUAUCCCGAAAAUUUCCCAUUGAAUACAUGUGAUACAUUUUAUGUGGAUGUGCAUCUAUCUGUGUAUAUAUGUCUACUAGAAGCCACAUACACACAAAAACCACAAUAACUGAUAAUUAAGAGUGCCUAAGUAAAAUUAAUUGCCUAAAUAAUGAAUUUCCCCUUUGUUUAGUUGUUGUUUAUUCGUUCAGUUGCUUCCGACUCUUCGUGACUUCAUGGACCAGCCCACGCCAGAGCUUCUUGUCGGUCGCCGACACCCCCAGCUCCCCCAAGGUCGAGUCCAUCACCUCUAGAAUGUCAUCCAUCCAUCU